AUGGAAGCAUUACUGGCGCAUUCGUUCGACUACCUUUCUUCAUAUGAGCCAACCAAGGUGCGCAAAGGAUUGCGCCAGGUUGAAGGGCUCUUAGCACAGAUUUGCCUUUCUAGGGCGAAACGGCCGGUGUCUGAAAAACGAGGCUCGCCGCGAGGCUCGCCGGUACUGUUCAGCGCUCCACAAUCAGGCUGCAAGGCCCUGUCAGAGCUCAGAGACGACCCUGCGUUCAGAGAGUUCUUCAAACUUCAAGAUGGUUUCCAAUGGAAUGUGGCAAUGCGGUUGGUGACUUGUCUGGAGCAUCUGCUUGGCCGCGGGAGCAGUGGUACCAACGACCUUCUCAUUCUGGCAACACUCGAUUUAAUACAAGGCGUGCUUCUGCUCCAUCCGCCGUCGAGGAUUCUGUUCGCCCGUGAAAUCUACAUGAACCUUCUUCUGGAUCUCUUAGAUCCAAUCAACUGCCCUGCCAUCCAGUCCGCAACGCUUCUCACCCUCGUCACAGCUUUGCUGGACCAUCCUGCCAACACACGAACUUUUGAAGAGUUGGAUGGACUUCUCACAGUGACCUCCCUUUUCAAGCAACGCUCAACGGCGCGCGAAGUAAAACUCAAGCUUGUUGAGUUUUUAUAUUUCUACUUGAUGCCAGAAACCGCAAUGAUCUCCACUAGUGCGCCUAGCACGGCCCUAUUACAACGCAGCCCCAGCAAGCUGGGAGGUGGGCCUAUGUCAAGGAGCGUCAACGUCUCAGGAGCGCAUAGCAGUGGCAGAGGCCACCGAGACACUCGUACUACUGAGGAGAAACAGUCCCUUUUGGGAAGGUACCUGAACAACGUCGAGGAUCUCGUGGAAGAUCUCAAGGAAACAGCACCUUUUGGAGCUACGGUCUAUUAA